AUGUCCAAAUUGUUACAAGAAAUGCAACAGGACAACUUUUCUAAUAACGAGGACAUUGAAACGGAUUAUGCUGAAUCAAACAGUAUCCAGUCGCAAAUUGCUUCUGUUUUCUCUGUUGUUCGUUGUGCCGCACAUACAAUACAGUUAGCAGCCUAUGAUGUUUUGAAAACAAUAGAAGGGGACAUUAAAGAAUGCCGAAACAUUGUAAAGAAAUUACGGACAUCGGUAAGAUCGGGUAAUGUCGAAAUUAGUUUGCCAUGCCUUGACAAUGCAACUAGAUGGAACUCGACCUAUGAUAUGAUAAACUCCAUAAUCAGUAUAAGAGAUUACAUAGAUAAUCUGUCACAUAUUAACGUCAACUGGAUAUUUGUACAAAAUUUCCUAGCUGCUUUUCAUCCAAUAGCUAAAUGCACUCUAAAACUGCAACACGAGCAAUAUAUUAUUGGAGACUUUUUUAGAGAUUGGCUAACAUGUGAAUUGGAGCUUAAAAAGUUAGUGUCUACCAAUUCAUAUGCGGAAGCGCUUCUAAAUGCAAUGAAGAAAAGGAAAGAUACACUUAUGGGAAAUAUUGCAUUCAUUGCUGCACCUUAUAUGGAUCCGCGCUUUAAUUUCGACAACAGACCUCUUCUAAGCUAUGAUCAAAAGCAAGCUGCUGUGCUUAGUUCUUCAUACUUUAAACUUCACGGUUAA